AAAAAAAAAGAGAGGAAAAACCAAAAGAAGGGAUGGUCCAUGUAAAUGGAAACAGGGAAGUUAUGUACACCUUUCACUUAUGGCCAAAGAGAGGUGGAGAAAGAGAAAGAGAAGAGAAUCUAUACCCAACAUAUGUUCCUUCCUUUCCUUUCUUCCUUCAUUUCAUCAAUGAAUCAAUGGCCAAAGACAUGGGUCCCACCCAACAAAACAAUCCUCUCCACCAUAAUAUCACCUUCACCACACAACCAACAACAAAAACAACUAAACUAAAUCAUCCUCUCAAAUUAUCAUUCCAUCACCUUCUUCAUCUUCUUCUCACUCUUCCCAAUCCCAACAAGCUUUCCACUUCUUUUUUUUUCCAUCAUCAUCUCUUUCUCUGCUAAACCCCACUUGCUUCUCAUAUAAGCCUAUACAUUUUUCUUAAUUAAUUUAUUACUUACUUCAUCAUAUACCACACUCCAUUUCUUUCUAUUUAUUAUUGUUAUAAUAUAUAUGCUUGCCGGCGAUGCCGACGCCGGUCAGCAUAGCAAGGCAAUGCUUGACGGACGAGGCGGCGCGUGCGCUAGAUGAGGCGGUGGCCGUGGCGCGGCGCCGCUGCCACGCGCAGACGACGUCGCUCCACGCCGUCUCGGCUCUGCUUGCCAUGCCAACCUCCGCCCUGCGCGAGGCCUGCGGCCGCGCGCGCUCGGGCGCUGGCGCCGCCAGGUUCUCCGGCGGGUACUCGCCGCGGCUGCAGUUCCGGGCGCUGGAGCUCUCCGUGGGCGUGUCGCUGGACCGGCUUCCGUCGUCAAAGGGGGGUGGCGGCGGGGGCGGUGAGGAGGAACCGCCGGUGUCGAACUCGCUCAUGGCGGCCAUCAAGCGGUCGCAGGCGAACCAGCGGCGGCAGCCGGAGAGCUUCCACGCGUUCCAGCAGAGCCAGCACGGGGGAACGGCGUCGUUUCUGAAAGUGGAGCUGAAGCACUUCGUUUUGUCAAUCCUCGAUGAUCCAAUCGUGAGUCGGGUUUUUGCGGAAGCAGGGUUUCGAAGCUGUGACAUCAAACUCGCGCUGCUUCAACCGCCGCUUCCUCCGGUCCAGCACCGGUUCGCCCGGGCCCCUCCAGUUUUUCUCUGCAACCUCGAACCGGACCGUCCCGACGAAAAUAUUCGCAGGAUCGCGGAGGUUCUGUCUAGAAAGAGCAAGCGAAACCCUUUAUUGAUGGGUGUUUAUGCAAAGAGUGCUCUGAGAGGUUUUGUUGAGAUGGUUCAGAAGGGUCGAGGGGGUUCUGUUUUGAGUUCGGAGUUGAGGGUGGUUUGUUUGGAGAGGGAGAUUGGGGAAUUUGUGAAAAGGGGUGGGAGUGGUGAAGAGGUGGUGGGUGUGAAGUUGAAGGACUUGGAGCAGCAAUGCGAGGGCUGUUCUGGUUCUAUGGUUGUUAGUUUCGGUGAGGUUGAGGUUUUUGUAGGGGAGGAUGCGGAUGUUGAUGCUGUUAGGUUUGUUGUUUCGGGGCUAACGAGGUUGUCAAAGAUUGGUGGCGGAAAGGUUUCUUUGCUGGGUGUGGCGGAAACCUCUCACGCUUAUUCGAAGUUCUUGGGUCUGUUUCCUAAUGUGGAAAACGAGUGGGAUCUUCAUUUGCUCACUGUCACUUCUGCCACACCUUCUAUGGAAGGACUCUACUCUAAGUCCAGCUUGAUGGGGUCCUUUGUUCCAUUUGGUGGGUUCUUUUCUACACCUGAAAUCAGAAGUCCCCUGAACUCCACAAAUGGAUCUUUUACCCGUUGUGACAAAUGCAAUGAAAAAUGUGAACAAGAAGUUGCUGAUGUUCUGAAGGUAGGUCCUUCGUCUAGUAACUCAACAAGCUCACCCUGGUUACAAAAGAUUGUUAAUGUGGACAACCAUAGAGGGUUGGAUGUGGCAAAGUUAUGGCUGCAUAUAUUUAAGAAUGGGCUCCAUUAUCCAGUGCAGACCAGUGGAGAAAAUACAAGUUUGAAUGAUAAGAUGUUGGGAUUUCAAAACAAAUGGAAUGAUAUUUGUCAGCGUCUUCAUCACAAAGGCUCACUGCCUCACUUUGAUAUUUCUCAGACAAGGCCUCAAGCUCCAAUACUUGAGACUUUACGGUUUGGUCCAGGUUUUAAGGAAAGCAGCAGUAAAGAUCCAUCACGCACUGAAUUCCCAUAUUCUACUACUCAAAUGUCUUACAUGCCCAAAGGGUUGCAUAUUACUUUUCCAUUACCUUCUGAUACAGUCAGUGUUCAUACUGUAACUGGUAGUGAUUCAAAAGUCUCAGAGGCACUGCAAAUUGAUGCCAAGACCCCUAGGGUUGUCCCUUCGAGUGUGCUUGACCACAGAUCAUCUUUAUCCCAUACACCUGUGACCACAGAUUUAGGAUUGGGAACGUUAUAUACAUCAACAUCUCAGAAUCCAGAUACCCCAAAACUACAAGAUCAGAGAAAGCAUGUUCAGCAAUUGUCAGACUCUAUUUCAACUGAUUGUGAUGCUAUUAAUGAAACUACCUCACACCAAAUUCCUAGAUCUUCUUGGUCUGGUUCAAAUUUUGAUGGGAAAUUUGAUUUAGCAGAUUUCAAGUCUCUUAAUCGAGUUCUUGCUGAAUCGGUUGGCUGGCAGGAUGAAGCCAUCCGUGCUAUCAGUCAAACUUUGUCCCUUGGUAAAUUUGGUUCAGGAAAGAGUAGAGGUUCACAAGGUAGAGCAGACACAUGGUUGGCUUUCCUUGGACCAGAUAGACUUGGCAAACGAAAAAUUGCUUCAGUUCUUGCAGAGACUAUUUUUGGAAACUCUGAAAGCCUAAUCUCUGUGGAUCUGGGCUUCCAGGAUAGCUUUUCCCCAUUGAACUCUGUUUUUGAAUGCCAAAAAUCACGUUGUUAUGAUGUGCUCAGGAGGAAGACAAUUGUGGACUAUAUUGCUGGAGAGUUGAGUAAAAAACCCCAUUCCGUUGUCUUUCUUGAAAACGUAGAUAAAGCUGAUUUUCUGGUGCAGACUAGUUUGUUGCAGGCAGUAAGAGCUGGCAAAUUUCCAGAUUCUCAUGGAAGGGCAAUUAGCAUCAAUAACACAAUCUUUCUUGUAGCCUCAACUAAAGAUAGUAGUUCUUUGGUUUCAGAUGAGUCUAAGAUGUUUUCAGAGGAAAGAAUCCUUGAAGCCAAAAGAUGUCAAAUGCAAUUACUACUAGGACAUGCUUCCGAGGAUGCCAAAACAAUUGGUAGAACAAAUGUCAAGGUUGUAGCAAGUAAAGGUUUUUCCAAAUCAUCAUCUCUGAACAAAAGAAAGCAGACUGAUACUAGUGACUCCAAGAAGGGAACAGCAAGCAAGAUGCAGAGACAGGACAGUGAGUCAUCUCGAUCCUAUCUGGAUCUAAACAUGCCUGUAGAGGAGAGUGAUGAGGGUGUGAAUGACAAUGACCAAGAAAGUGAAUCCAUAACAGAAAACACAGACACCUGGUUAAGUGACUUCUUUGAUCAAAUUGAUGAGAAAGUGGUGUUUAAGCCAUUCAACUUUGAUGAGCUUGCUGAGCAAGUGUUGAAAAACAUUGGCCUACUAUUUCAAAGGACAUUCGGAUCAGAGCUUCGGUUGGAAAUUGAUUAUGAGGUAAUGACACACAUACUUGCAGCUGCUUGGUUAUCAGACAAAAAAAAUGCAGUGGAGAAUUGGGUUGAACAUGUUCUUGGCAGAUGCUUUGUGGAAGCACAGAAGAAAUACCAUCAUCCUGUGUCUCAAUAUGUUGUGAGACUGGUUAACUGUGAAUCCAAUUUUGUGGAAGAGCAAGCUCCUGGUGUAUGCCUUCCAGCUAGAAUUAACCUGGACUAAAUUUUUGCUCACUUUGUAUUACUGUAAUCAGUUGUAAAAUGUAGCUGUUAGGAUAUAUAGUAUUUGGUAGAUGGUAGCCAGCGUUCAACUAAUUGAUCUCACAAUUUUUGUCUUCUCAAUCAUUGUGCUGUAAUUUCUAUGGUAAAUGUAUGUGUAAUUUUCUAUAGUGUACCUACUUAAAGUCCAAUAAUAUUAGUUUGCAAAUUGUUCCA